UUGUUGCAAGUGCCUUUGUGUUGUGCUUGCCUCUCACUUUAUGAUUGAGUGGCUUUCCAUGGAGCUACCGGCAAACAUCUUUUGCAUGGACUGGCUUAUGACAAUGAUCACACCAUUUGCCAUUUCUUUUCCCUCUACUGCCAUCUCUUUGGAAUCCUUCGGAGAGCAUAGCUCCAGAUUCAGCUUCAGUAGAAUGUGGCUGUUUGAUUGAGGUCUUCCAUAUCUGGGCGUGCUUUGGGCAUGUCAUGGGCAUUUUCUUUUAAAGAUAGAAGAGGAGUGUCUGUUCAUUUAGUUUCUGUUCACAAUCUAAUUUCUAAACAUAUGUUUUUGAGAUGGGUUCUCGAGAAAGGCCAUUUUUUGAUCUCAAUGAACCACCUGUAGUGGAUGAUGAUGAUAAGGAUGACCCCUUUUGUUUUCAGCCUCAAAGGACACUUCCAUCUAUAAAUCCUCAUGCUCCUGACUUGAAUGUGGCUUCAGCAGGAAUCCAAGGGAUAGUAAAUAAUCAGGCCUUUUCACACGCAUCUUCUAUCUCUGGAUUUCAGCCUUUUGUUCGGUCGAAAACUACCUAUGUUGCUGAGAAAGAUACUGAACUGAUGAGAGCAGGAGAUCAGAAAACAAAUGAUUGCUCAUCAUCUAAGGAUAGUAAAGAUGUGGAUGAGAGAGGUAUGAAGCCAAGAGUACAUAGUUCAGCUAAUUCUCAAAUAGUGGAGAGAGAAGAAGGGGAAUGGUCUGAUGCUGAGGGAUCUGGUGAUUUUAAUGGCUGUAAUAAUUUGCCCCAACAAAGCAAAAUUUCAGAAGAGCAAGCAGUAUCUGGAAUGGCAGAGGGAUGUGUUACAGUAGCAGCAGACGAUAAUUCUAACAAUAUUAAAUUCUCUGAUAGUGCACCUGUUGAAAAGAGUAGUCGUGCUUCUGUUGAUGUCGAAUCAGGUCCUUGUGAACAAAAAAUUAACGGUAUCAAUUCUGAAUGCAGUGUAAAAGGUGAGUCUUCUACAAAUGCAUCUGAUGAACUUAGUACAGUUCCCAAACAAAAAGAAGUGAAAGGUAUUGAAGCAAUCCAUGCUCUUAGAUGUGCAAACAACCCCGGCAAGAGGAAAAUGGACCAACGCAAAGAGGAAAUGUUGGGAAAGAAGCGUAAUAGGCAAAUUGUGGUUCUUAAUUUGGAAGAUGCGAUGCAAGCAGGUUCUAUUAAAACCUCAACACCUAGAAGGCAGAGUUCCUCAUCAUCUGCUAUAAUUCGUGGUGCAAAGGAAGUCCGCAAUAUUCCUGCACAAGUUGAUCGUGUUGGAAUAGUCAAGGAUCAGAAGCAUGUUGACACAUCUUCUAAUGAAGGUGGCACCUAUGCUGAUGCUUAUGAGCCUAAAUCUGACUGUAAUGGUGAUAACUCUGAACUACUCAGCCAGCCUAAGAGGCAAAAUAAUGAACAUGUACAUUCCACGGAGGUCAAUUUGAAUCCUGUUUCAAGGCAGAGUUCAUGGAAACAGUCAACUGAUUUGAGGCUGCAGAAAAGUGUAUCAGUUUCUAAUAAAAAGUUGGCAUUGACCGGUCAAAGCUCUGGUGAUAUGAAGCCUGUAAAUAAAAAGCAUUUUUCUAUCAAGAAGCAAACUGCUGUGACCACCCUGUCUCAGGACACGUCAGUAGAGCGCCUUAUACGUGAGGUGACCAGUGAAAAGUUUUGGCAUCACCCAGAGGAAACUGAGUUACAAUGUGUACCGGGCCAAUUUGAAUCAGUAGAAGGGUAUGUUAGAGUGUUUGAGCCUUUGCUUUUUGAGGAAUGCCGUGCUCAGCUAUACAGUACUUGGGAAGAAUUAAUAGAGACGGUAUCAAGGGAUACUCAUAUAAUGGUGCGUGUGAAGGCCAAUGAGCCUAGAGAAAGAGGUUGGUAUGAUGUGAAAGUUCUUCCAGUACAUGAAACCAAAUGGACAUUCAAGGAGGGUGAUGUUGCAAUUCUUUCAUUUCCUAGGCCUGGUUCAGUUAGAGCCAAGCGGAGCAGUGCAUCUUUACAGGGUGAGAAAGAACCAGAUACUGGACGUGUAGUGGGCACAAUUAGGCGACACAUACCUAUAGAUACCCGUGAUCCUCCUGGUGCAAUUCUCCAUUACUAUGUUGGGGACUCUUAUGAUCCUAGUAGGCUCGACGAUGAUCAUAUCAUAAGGAAGCUUGAAGGAGGAAGCAUAUGGUACCUCACUGUGCUUGGUUCUCUCGCUACAACACAGAGGGAGUAUGUUGCUUUACAUGCAUUUCGUCGUUUAAAUGUGCAGAUGCAAACUGCAAUUCUGCAGCCAAGUCCUGAACAUUUCCCAAAGUAUGAGCAACAAACACCAGCCAUGCCAGAUUGCUUCACGCAGGGCUUUGUUGAGUAUCUGCACAGAACCUUCAAUGAGCCCCAGCUUGCGGCAAUCCAAUGGGCAGCAACGCACACUGCUGCUGGUACAAGUAAUGGGACUACAAAGAGGCAAGAUCCUUGGCCCUUUACCCUUGUUCAAGGACCUCCAGGAACAGGAAAGACGCAUACAGUCUGGGGAAUGCUAAAUGUUAUCCACCUGGUGCAGUAUCAGCAUUACUAUACAUCCUUGCUUAAGAAACUAGCCCCUGAAAGCUACAAGCAAGCUAAUGAGAGCAAUUCAGAAAAUGUGCCCAUGGGAUCAAUUGAUGAAGUUCUUCAAAACAUGGACCAGAAUCUCUUCCGUACUCUACCAAAAUUCUGCCCCAAACCAAGGAUGUUGGUUUGUGCUCCUUCUAAUGCGGCAACUGAUGAGCUUCUUGCACGUGUUCUUGAUCGCGGAUUUAUUGAUGGAGAAAUGAAAGUUUAUAGACCUGAUGUUGCUCGAGUUGGGGUUGAUUCUCAGACACGCGCUGCACAGGCAGUUUCUGUUGAGCGUAGAACUGAACAGCUUUUGAUUAAAAGUCGUGAAGAAAUUCUAGGGUGGUUGCAUCAAUUAAAGAAUCGUGAGGCACAGUUAUCUCAGCAGAUAGGUUGUCUUCAAAGAGAACUUAAUGUUGCUGCUGCUGCUGUUUUUUCACAGGGCUCUGUAGGUGUUGACCCUGAUGUUCUCAUGGCCCGAGACCAGAAUCGAAAUGCAUUGCUACAAAACCUUGCAGCUGCUGUUGAAAGUAGGGAUAAAGUUUUGGUUGAGAUGUCUCGCCUUCUUAUUUUAGAAAGUAGGUUCCGACCUGGUAGUAGUUUCAAUUUGGAAGAGGCCCGUGCUAAUCUGGAGGCUAGUUUUGCCAAUGAAGCUGAGAUUGUUUUCACAACUGUCUCUAGCAGUGGUCGUAAGUUGUUCUCACGCCUUACCCAUGGUUUUGAUAUGGUAGUUAUUGAUGAGGCAGCUCAAGCUAGUGAGGUGGCAGUUCUCCCUCCCCUCUCUCUUGGUGCAGCUCGAUGUGUUCUUGUUGGAGAUCCCCAGCAACUUCCUGCCACAGUUAUCAGCAAGGCUGCUGGCACAUUGAUGUACAGUAGGAGUCUUUUUGAAAGGUUCCAACAGGCAGGGUGCCCAACAAUAUUGUUGUCCGUGCAAUAUAGAAUGCAUCCUCUGAUCAGAGAGUUCCCCUCUCGUUACUUUUACCAAGGACGCCUAACUGAUAGUGAAAGUGUGGCUAAUUUGCCUGAUGAGGCAUACUACAAGGAUCCUUUACUUAGGCCUUAUUUAUUUUUUGAUAUUAGUCAUGGACGAGAGUCUCACAAGGGUGGAUCGGUUUCUUAUCAAAACAUACAUGAAGCACAAUUUUGUCUCCGAUUGUAUGAGCAUCUUCAGAAAACACUGAAAUCUUUGGGCAUAGGAAAAAUCACUGUUGGCAUAAUUACUCCUUACAAGCUGCAGUUGAAAUGCCUUCAGCGUGAGUUUGAGGAAGUGUUAAAUUCAGAAGAAGGAAAAGAUAUAUAUAUUAAUACUGUAGAUGCUUUCCAAGGUCAGGAACGUGAUGUCAUUAUAAUGUCUUGUGUGCGGGCAUCCAAUCAUGGGGUUGGCUUUGUUGCUGAUAUUCGUCGGAUGAAUGUUGCCCUUACCCGUGCAAGAAGAGCUCUUUGGGUCAUGGGAAAUGCCAAUGCACUGGUGCAGUCUGAUGACUGGGCUGCAUUAAUUGCUGAUGCAAAAUCCCGAAAUUGCUUAAUGGACAUGGAUUCUCUUCCCAAGGACUUUGUGGUUCCCAAGGGUCCUGCUUAUGCACCAUUGCCUGGUAAGGGAUCCUCAAAUAUGAGGAGCUUGAGAUCAAGUGGCCCAAGAUUUAGAUAAGUAGACAUGCAAAUGGGCCAAGGACAGCAUCUGAAGAUGAAGAGACGGCAGGCACAUAAUUAAACUUCAGAAAUGGUUCUCACCGCCCCUUAAGAUAUUCAAAGGAGAACUCUGGAUAUUUUUAAUUGUCCAGUUGAUAAAUCUAAGGAUGCCUGGUGUCUUGGUAUCCUGACGAAGCAAAUGGCAGCAGGAAGUGCGGGAAAAAGAUGUUUAUCCAAAGUUUGUUGCAACUGACUUGUACAUACUCUUAUUGUUUUAACAAAUAAUGUGUUCUUUCAUAUUUGAAAAACAGAAGUUAAUCGCUACCAAGUGAAAGAAGAAAGGAAAUAUUGGGUUACCAACCUCUUUAAUGGGUGGUUGUGUUGCGGAAAGUUCAAGCUCUCGACAGGUUUAGUAUUUUUAUCCUUCGAUUUUGACAUUUAUCUAGAAAUUAUUGUCUGUCAAAUGGCAUAAUACACAUUUCAAAGUGAAAAGGAGAAAUCAUGUAUACUCAGCCUUUCAGGAAGUUGAGCUUUGUCUUUCUCUU